CGGCGGAGCGGCUCGUCCUGUGCCGGGCUGGUGACGGACAGCGGCGGAGGAGAGAGAAUGAACGCAUUCAGUAAGUGUUGUGAUGGACGAGGAAGGUUUACCGUCAGCGCGGGGCGGGAUGACAGCGCGCCGUUUCCCCUCCCGGCUCCGCGAUGGUGUCAGCUCUGCGCGCUUCCCCUUCUGCUGUCCGGACCGGGGACACCGGCGGAGCAGUGACACAGCGGCGUCGGAAUUUACACAAUCAUCAGUGUGAGAAGAAACGAGCGAGGGAGUAGUAGUAGCUGUCAUGGAGAGACAGAGCAGAGUCAAGGAGGACAUGCCGACAUCGAAGGAGGAGAAGCGCAAAGAGAAGAAGCCCAAAUCUGGGAAGCUUUUCAGGAAGAAAUCUCUGAGGUCAGUGGGGAGUUUUAUGAACAGAAUCAUCAAAACUUUGGGCACUUUCACCCACUUUGGAGACGCUGACGCGCGGGACGCGGAGGACGACGACGGUGGGUUCCGGAAUGGCGCACCUUGCAUCCUCAGCGCGAGCUCGGGGAUCAUGAAAGAGGACGUACAGGUGGCGUGGGAUCGCGUGCAUGCGAAGAACACAUCGAGCACGUCCUCUUCUCUGUGCACGGGCAGAGAAAAGCUCCUGUACCAGUACGGGGACAAGAUCCCGGGUGUGCUGGGGCUGAAGAACCACGGGAACACCUGCUUCAUGAACGCCGUGGUGCAGUGCCUGAGCAACACGGACCCCCUCGCGGAGUAUCUGGGGCUGGAGCGGUACAAGCUGGACCUGAGUCAAAGCGGGCUAAACGGGGUGGUGAGGAGUGACGAGGUGAUGAGGUUUGCAAAGGGAGAAGUCACGGAGCAGCUGGCGUCUCUUGUGAGGGCUCUGUGGACUCUGGAGUACACCCCACAGCUGUCCGUGGACUUUAAGACUAUAGUGUCAAAGUAUGGAUCUCAGUUUCGAGGUAACUCCCAGCACGACGCUCUGGAGUUCCUGCUUUGGCUGCUUGACCGUGUCCAUGAAGACGUCGACAUGGCUGCCCACAACAACAACAACAAGAUCAAAGCUCUGGGGGAGGGUCCAGGUGGAGCGGAGGAGGCGCCGUCCCCUGACCCGUCUCAGUCCCAGAACCACAGAGUCCAGCACAGCUUCGUCCAGGAACUUUUCCAAGCACAGUACAAAUCGUCCCUGACCUGCCCUCACUGUCUGAAACAGAGCAACACCUUCGACCCUUUCCUCUGCAUCUCGCUCCCCAUUCCUCUCCGACAGACCAGGCCGCUGUGUGUGGUUCUGGUCUUCAGCACUAAAGGUCAGAGGUACCUGCGGGUCGGGCUGCCCGUGCCUCUCUUCGGCUCCGUGGCGUGCCUCAGGAGGAUGGUUGCUGACGAGGGCAAAAUCUCUCCAGACCAGGUGAUCCUGACCGAGGUGUACUCCACGGGCUUCCAUCGCUCCUUCUUUGACGAGGACGAUCUGAGCAGCGUCGCCGAGAACGACGUCAUCUACGCCUUCCAGGCUCCGCCCCUUUACAUCAGGGGAGGCUCUGCACGGAUCUCAGGUUAUCAUCACAGCCUCCCGUCCUCGCCGUACUCCACGGGUCCAGAGGGUCAGAGGUUGCCUUCCUCCGGCGCCUUGUCAUCAGAGUUCCUCAACCAGGGCGUCCCCGUGAAGAUUCUGCUGCUGGUGUGCAACGCUGCAGGAGCGGGCCAGCAGACUGUGAGGUUUGGACCUCCGUUCCUAAUGAGGGAGGACCGGUCUAUUUCCUGGGACCAGCUGCAGCAGAGCAUCCUCAGCAAGCUGUAUUACCUGAUGAUCAACGGAGCUCAGCCGCAGAACACCAGAGUGCUGUUCAACAUCCGGGUGGUGGGAGGUUCAGCGUUCUACAGCUACCUGUCACCUCAGGACGGCCGGCCGCUCUACCACCCUGCUGUGGACAGAGCUCUGAAGCUGUGCGGCUCAGGAGGACCUCCACAUGUGAAGCUCAUCAUCGAGUGGGAGCACAGGAUCAAAGACUGUCUGUUUGGAAACAUCCACGAGGAGGUGGUGAAGGACGCGGACAGCGUGAGGAAUCAGCAGCAGCAGCACGUGCAGGCGUACAGCUGCACGCUGGACGAGUGUUUCCAGCUGUACACCAAAGAGGAACAGCUGGCCCCGGACGACGCCUGGAAGUGUCCUCACUGUAAGCAGCUGCAGCAGGGCGUGGUGAAGAUGAGCCUGUGGACGCUGCCCGACAUCCUCAUCCUGCACCUGAAGCGCUUCAGACAGGUGGGCGAGCGCAGGAACAAGCUCACCACCUUCGUGCACUUCCCUCUGGCCGGCCUGGACAUGACGCCUCACAUGGUGAGCCGCGGCCACGCCUCCCAUCAGCCCCCUCUGCAGCCGGGCUGGAAACAGUCCAGACGACCCGACCCGGCUCCUCCUGACUUCCUGUAUGAUCUGUACGCCGUGUGCAACCACCACGGAGGGAUGCACGGCGGACAUUACACAGCGUUCUGCAGGAACUCGGUGGACGCUCAGUGGUACAGCUACGACGACAGCAGCGCCGAGCCGGUUCCUGAGGCGGAGGUGUGCACACGAGGAGCUUACAUCCUCUUUUAUCAGAGAAGAAACACCAUCCCUCUUUGGUCUGCCAGCUCCUCGCUCACAGGCUCCACCAGCUCAUCCACCUCUGACCACUGGCUGGUCCGUCUGACAGGGGGCAGCAAGCGUGGCAGCGUGGGGUCAGGAGGUCCUGUUCCUGGACCUGCAGGUCCUCAUCAGGCUCCGGAGUCUCCUGAGCUCCCCGUGUUUGGAGACGAGCCGACGAAAACACAAGAAACGAACGGGUUUGAAUCCAAGCAGUUCCUCCGCGGGUCUCAGGGGCGGAGCCUGAGCAUGAGAUCCCCGAGCAAAGCGAAGGAGCCUCUGAGCAAAGUCCUGCCUCUGCGCUGGUCUUUUGGCUCGAAGGAUCGGAUCAAACCCCCCACGCAGAGGCCGCCCGGAGAGCUGGUGGAGUACCUGGAGUCUGGACGCCGGCCGCGGUGCACAAAAGAGCCGAUUGUAACGCUGGUGGCCACGCCCCCGCAGAGGAGCGCCCAGGGACGAGGACACGAGGCGGGACAGGACUGCAGCUCGCCGAGCGGCAGCAGUCUGAGCUGCGCCGACAGACUGAGCUCCGACGCCGGCUACUCCCCUAAAAUCCCAGAGGGACAGAGCCGCCCGGGCGAGAGGAGCAUCAACAGUCUGAGAGGCAGAGAGGACGGCGCUCUGAGACAGAGGGCGUCCAAGAGAACCCGGCAGGACCAGGGCCGGACGCUGGAGCUGCAGCUCCACAGAGGAGCCCUCCUGAUGGGUCACGUCAGCCACAGCGCCCCCCCGAGCAGAGACUCCACCUUAAGAAGGGCCAAAGGGGGGGCGUCCAGACCGCAGAAAGACCUGGUCCUUCAGCCUGAGGACAGACGGGGGGGACACGAGGGCCGCAGCCACGAGAGCCUCUUGUCUUUUUUUAAACCGGGCUUCAUGAGGAAAGACGCCCCCGGGUCUCCGUUAAGGACGCACGACACACGGCGUCUGAAUGGACACGGACACCUGGGACGGCUGGCGUGCAGCAAUUUAGCCAAACUGUCUCUGUCCAACGGGACUCUGACCACAGGAGCGGCGGACAACAGGAAGACGUGCGACGUCCACAACUGCAACAAAGUCCAGCUGGUCAACGGGAAGGCGGGGCUUCACGACCCCGUGGACAUAAAGCGAGCUCACAGCUCCAGUAACAUCCAGACCAGACUGGACCUGACGUUCAGGCGGUGUGCGUCCCUGCAGAGGAACGGAGACGUCGUGGCCCCUCCCCCACAUCGGAUCCUGCUAACAGACAAACCGGGCUACGCCACCCUGCAGCGGACUCGAUACAGUACCACCUCCCUGGUGCCUCUGUGACAGCCCAGAAGAAUGACUGCAGAGUAAAAGGACCUCUGGACCCAGAGAAGCUUUCAGGAGGACUCACCGCCGGACAGAACGCUGACCCUCUCUCUCCCCCCCCCCCCCCCCCCCCCCCCCCUCCUUCAGAGUACUGUUAUCACUUCUUACCUGUGUGUGUCUUAAAACUAAAUCUAUGCAGAGCGGGAUGACAGAGGAGAAACACUGCUGUGAGAGGAUUCUGUGUCGUAUGUUUGUGCACAAACUGGUUUUGUAUUUGAGUUGUGAUCGAAGAGAAAGGGAGAAAGAUGUUUUUUUUUACUCUCAGAAAACCAACAUCUGUUCAGAAAAUAGAAAAAAACACAUAAAGUGUGAUUUAUGCAGAGGAACAAAUUACAUCUCAAGAGAAUGGGCUCAAAUAUUCUUUAAAAAGAUGCAAAAAGUAGAAACAGCAGGAAGUGAAGAAGCUGCUAAAACAACAUGCAUCCUGUGCUUUGCUGUGAACUCUUUAUUUUGUGAUGUCACUGCAUCUUUUUUAUAAAAGUAUUCCAUCAUUUUGCAUUGAGCUAACACGCUGAAGUUUCUGAGUUGUUGCUCCGACUUCAGCGGGCGUUCAUGAGUAUUUUCCAACUCUGAAACUCGUUUUUCCCGAUGCGUCCAACACCGCAUGAAUGCAGCGUUUGUCCACUACUCCUGCAUUGUUCUUUUUGCGUCAUGUCUUAUCUGAGGAGACUCUGAUCUGCUUUUCUUCUGUUGGAUGAUGAAGAGAUAAGACUACGACACAGAAACAGCAGGCGGCCUCGUUGGGACUGAACAGAAAAAAUACAUCCAUUAAGCACCCCGAAGCUUUGCAGAGCAAUAAGAAGAAAAGGAUUCUGUAAACAUGUGAAUUCAUAUCUCAGCCACCGCAGUCCGCUUUGAACAGUCGCCUGUAAAACACCAACAUGAAGACGAACCGAACAAACAGAAGCAGCUCAGUGUGAAGCUGUUUCCUCAUUUGGGAUUGAAAGGAGGACUCACACGGUGCACACACACAUUCAGCCUCUCU